AUGGUGUUGAUGCGUGGAGGGUUAAGCAAUCGAAAUGUUCCUCACCAAGGCUUUACGGACACACCUCCUGUUCUACGGGGAAAGAAAAAGCAAAAGAGAAAGUUGAUUUCAGAAGUGGUUAAACUAGGACAUGGUUUGACUGUUUUUGCGAGAAAUGGAGAUGAUACAGAAGGAGAUGAUCAACAUGAUGAUGCAUAUCUAGAAGCGAACGCUAAAGAAGAUGCUCAACAUCAUGAUGCAGGCCAAGAAGCGAACGCUGAAGAAGGUGAUCAGCCUGUGGGAGAUCAAACUACGAAUAAGGAACACGAAUCUGAAAAUACUGUGGCACAAGCACCAGAGUCUAACCACACUGAUGGUGCAACAAGGUUGCCUGACAGUCAGACGGCUGAGACACCAGAUUCAAACACCAAGAAAAAAAAAGGAAUAGAGGACCAACCAGAAUGCGUAAAGUGGCCAAAGAUCCUGAGGACAGAGUGA